AUGGCGACUAAUGGAAAAUUGGCACUUCUCAGCGUAUCCGAUAAAACCGGCCUUUUGCCACUGGCAAAGUGUUUAUCGGACAUCGGCCUCGGGUUAGUGGGCAGCGGUGGGACAGCGGCCGCCUUACGCAAUGCCGGCCUUAAAGUAUUGGACGUGUCGGACAUCACCGGUGCCCCGGAGAUGCUCGGGGGAAGGGUCAAGUCUUUACACCCCGCUGUUCAUGCCGGCAUUUUAUCUAGGCUUACAGAAUCCGAUCAGGCGGACAUGAAGCGGCAGAAGUUCGACAUGAUCAGCGUUGUCGUGUGCAACCUCUAUCCGUUCGUUCAAACGGUGUCCAAACCUGAUGUGACAGUAGCCGAUGCGGUUGAGAACAUUGAUAUCGGAGGAGUAACAUUACUAAGGGCAGCAGCUAAAAACCAUGACAGAGUUACUGUCAUAUGCGACCCUGCUGAUUAUGACAAGAUCAUAGAAGAGCUUCAAAAAAACAAGGAUCACCAGACUUCAUUAGAAACGAGACAAAAACUGGCUCUGAAAGCUUUUACUCACACAUCAGAGUACGAUCUUGCCAUCUCAGACUACUUCCGUAAACAAUAUUCGGCUGGACAGUCACAGCUGACGCUGCGAUAUGGAAUGAACCCACAUCAGAAGCCAGCACAAGUAUUCACAACUAGAGAUUGCUUACCUCUUACUACAUUGAACGGUUCCCCCGGUUUCAUCAAUCUAUGCGACGCUCUCAAUGCCUGGCAACUCGUCAUAGAAUUAAAACAGGCCUUAGGCCUACCCGCAGCAGCCAGUUUCAAGCACGUAUCGCCAGCUGGCGCUGCUGUAGGCUUACCCUUGACUGAGGAAGAAGCGUCGGUGUGCAUGGUGAGCGACAUGGGCGCGCGGCUGAGCCCGCUGGCGUGCGCGUACGCGCGCGCGCGCGGCGCCGACAGGAUGAGUUCGUUCGGCGACUUCGUGGCGCUGUCCGACAGAUGCGACGAGUCCACCGCUAGAAUCAUAUCUCGGGAAGUGUCUGACGGCAUCGUCGCUCCCGGAUACACGCCCGAAGCACUCGAAAUACUCAAGAAGAAAAAGGGCGGCAAUUAUUGCGUUUUACAGAUGGAUCCAGCCUACACGCCAGCAUUAAUGGAACAGAAAACAAUUUUCGGACUCACGUUGGAACAGAGGCGAAAUGACGCCAAGAUAACUGCAGAUUUGUUCAAAAAUGUUGUCACGAACAACAAGGAAUUGCCGGAGAGUGCUGUGAGAGAUUUAAUCGUAGCUACCAUCGCCUUGAAGUACACUCAAAGCAACUCUGUGUGUUACGCUAGGGAUGGCCAGGUGGUAGGCAUCGGUGCGGGCCAGCAGUCGCGCAUCCACUGCACGCGGCUGGCGGGCGGCAAGGCGGCGCUGUGGUGGGCGCGCCGCCACCCGCGCCUCGCCGCGCUUCGCUUCCGCCCCGGAGUCUCUCGCGCGGUGCAGGCCAACGCCAUCGACAACUUCGUCAACGGAACCGUUGGAUCAGAUCUUCCACUAGAACAAUGGAAUGCAUUGUUCGAGGGCGAAGCUCCUGCUCUUCUUACUGAAGCCGAGCGCGAUGACUGGCUUAAGAAGUUGGACAAAGUCGCACUUGCUUCCGACGCUUUCUUCCCAUUCAGGGACAAUAUUGAUAGAGCUGUCCAGUGCGGAGUCCAAUACAUUGGCAGUCCGUCGGGCUCCAACAAUGAUCAAGAAGUUAUCGAAGCGUGCAACGAACAUAACAUUGUUUUGUGUCACACUAACCUAAGAUUGUUCCACCACUAA